CGGGCCUCAGUGAGCCUCGGCGACCGCGAUGGGGCAGAUCGAGUGGGCCAUGUGGGCUAACGAGCAGGCGCUGGCGUCCGGCCUGAUCCUCGUCACGGGAGGCAUCGUGGCCACGGCCGGGCGCUUCACCCAGUGGUACUUCGGCGCCUACGCCAUCGCGGCGGGGGUGCUGGUCUGCCUGCUGGAGUACCCGCGGGGCAGCAGGGCCAAGGGCUCCACCCUGGAGCGAUGUGGACAGCGCUACCUGACCGCCGUGCUGAAGCUCCUGGGGCCGCUCACCAGGAACUACUACUUCCGCGCCGCGCUGCACCUGGCGUUGUCGGUGCCUGCAGGCUUCCUCCUUGCUACCAUCCUGGGGACCGUCUGCCUGGUCAUCGCAAGCAUCAUCUACCUGCUGGCGGCCGUCCGAGGCGAGCAGUGGACGCCCAUCGAGCCCCGGCCCAAGGAGCGGCCGCAGGUGGGAGGUACCAUUAAGCAACCACCCAGCAACCCACCGCCCCGGCCCCCCGUGGAGGCCCGCAAGAAGCCCGGGGAGGAGGACGCGGCCCCGGUCGGGGGUCCCCCAGGAGGCCCUCGGGUCAACCCCAUCCCCGUGACGGACGAGGUCGUGUGACUGCCCCCUCUGACUGCCCCCCUCCCCCGAGCGGCCACGGCCACCUGCAGUAAACACAGUGAACACCACA